AUGCGGGAGCACGGCAGGGAGGACUUCGCUCGCCAGAACAGCGGGCGCGCAGCGACUCGGGGCGGGAGCGCGGGUGCGCGGCCCGGGGCGGGGCUCCGAGCCCGGCUCCUCCUCCGCGCCCGGCCUGGCGGCGGCGGCCACUCCAGCCACCGCGUAGGUCGCGGGAAGGAGGCAGCGCAGGGCCGGGCGGCUUCCUGGGUGACGGGCGCGGCCGGCCGCAUGGAGCCCAACGUGCGCUUCUGGAUCGCGGAACGCCAAUCUUUUGUUCAACGAUUUCUUCAGUGGACAGAAUUAUUAGAUCCUUUGAAUUUGUUCGUUUCAGUUGAAAAAAUAGAAAAAGCAAGGGAGCUGUUAUUCACCAAUGAAGAUGCAUCCAGACAUGCCUUGGAAGACCAAAGGAUACAAGAAGCUUGGACGAGGAGUCUCUCAACAGUGCAUCCCGACAGCGGCAAACCGAUCCCCACUCUCUUUCGACCUGCAGCGCUCCUGUUUUUCACCACGCCCGCGGUAUUUUUGUCGAUGAUGCCAGCAAAAGGGAUGAUGUCUGCUGUUUUACCUCAGGUUUCCUUGUAUGCUUACACGACGGCAUUCAACGUCAUCAACGGCAACGCGAGUUACAGUCGUCAUACACCAGAAAGUAUAACACUAGGGGCAGGAGUAAUUGCUUCUUCAACCUUCUUUGGGGUUAUUCCUUAUUUGGUCCAAAUGAAAUAUUCCCUGGAUAACCCUUGGAUCAGAAGAGCCUUACCUGUCGCCGUUCUUGCGCACGUCAGUGCCAUGAACGUCUUUGCAUCCCGGGGUUUUGAGCCCGUUCGAGGGAUUGAGGUCAUGGACAAAGAAGGCAAUGUCAUAGGCCAUUCCAGAAGAGCUGGGAGAAAGGCUGUCCACGAAACAGCCAUAUCCAGGGCAGUGCUGUUUGGGACCUCAGCUCUUUUUCCUGAAGUCUUCACCUACUUUUUUAAAAGGACCCGGUUUUUCCUGAAAAAUCCCUGGUCGUUAUGGGCUGUGAAACUGUCCUGCACUACCCUGGCGAUGGGGCUGAUGGUGCCCGUGUCCUUCAGCAUGUUUCCGCAGAUCGGGCGGAUACAGUGCCGUAAUCUUGAAGAGACAAUUCGGUCUUCAACGGAAGAAACAGAACUUUUCUAUAACAGAGGGGUGUAGGGUUCAUCCAUGUUGCAGUAUGUAUCAGAUCUUCAUUACUUUUUAAGGCUGAACAAUGUCCCGUUGUAUGGACAGACCGCAUUUUGCUCACCCAUUCAGCUGUUGAAGGACACUUGGGUUGCUUCUACUUUUUGGCUGUUAUGAAUAAUGCUGCUGUGAGCAUCUCCACACAAGUAUGGUCAUGUGCCGCAUAAUGACGUUUUGUAUGACAGACUGCAUAUACACAGGGUGGUGCCGUAAGAUUA